GGUAAUACAGAUAGUAAUACUGUUGUCAAGAAUGCUUUGGAGGUUCCAGUUCUGGUUAGGAUCGUUAGGUUCAUACCAACAACGUUCCAUACAUGGAAGGUGCUACGCGUGGAACUUUACGGACUUGUAAAAGAUCUAUUCCAGUUGGUAUUGGUAGUGGUAAGAUACGAGACAGUGAAAUGACAUCAUCAUCAGAUUACAACAGCACCACGUCACCAUCCAAGGCAAGACUAAACUACACAGCAGGGUCAUCGUGGUGUGCUGCUACAAGUGACACUUCUCCAUAUCUACAGAUUAACUUAGGAUCACCUUACAUCAUUUGUGGUAUAGCAACACAGGGUGACCACAUAACAGAUCAGUGGGUACAGUCUUACAACAUGCUCACAUCAAAUGAUGGAACUGCUUUUAGACUAUACAGCGAAUACAAUAAAGACAAGUCGUUCGCUGGUAACUUCGAUUCUAAUGCUACUGUCAAGAAUCUCUUGUAUGAUGGUACUGUUAGUCAGUACAUACGUGUUGCAUCCACAAGUCAUUAUGGGAGUACAAGCUGCAUGAGAACAGAACUCUAUGGAAUAAAACUGGGUGGAGCUUGCAAACUUCGACCACUUGGUUUAUCAAAUCCUAGCCAGAUACAAAACCACAGGUUUACCGCAAGUUCAUAUUUUAAUAACGAUUACCUUCCAAGCAAUGGAAGGCUCAUGACGUCUAAUAAAGGCUGGGGACCCAAAAAAGCGGCUAGUGGAGAAUGGCUUCAAAUGGACCUCGGUUCUGUAGUGUUCGUUUGUGCAGUAGCUACUCAAGGUAUUGAUACUGUAACCAGUGUGGAAUGGGUAACAAGAUACAAGAUACGAGUCUCCUUGGAUAAUGCAAAAUGGAGUUAUUACCAGGAAAAUAAUUUUGACAAGGUAUUCAAUGGGAAUGCAGACCAAUAUGGUAUUGUCACAAAAAGUCUAACCAACCCAAUCAAGGCAAAGUUCAUCAGGUUUUACCCUAUUGCAGAUAAAGGUUGGCCAUCGAUGAGAGUCGAGGCGUAUGGAACACCAUCAGCCUGUAGUUCUCCAAUUGGUCUUGAGAACGGAGUUGUCUGGGAUAUUCAAAAUAUGACGUCAUUAUCUCACCUUGACAACACCCAUACUGCAUCACAUGGUCGUCUCUAUGGCAACAGUUCAUGGUGUAGUAGCACGUUAUCUAACACUCAGUACAUACAGAUUAACCUGGGACAAGUGAUGACAGUGACAGGUAUAGCAACACAAGGUGACCACACCAUGGAUAAGUGGGUGAGGACAUACACUAUCAGUUACAGUAUGGAUGGCAAUCUGUGGAACACAUAUAAAUCUCGAGGCAAGAGUGACGAGCUUUUUCUUGGAAAUAAUGACAAGGAAGGCAUUGCAGUGCAAUGGUUGACCAGUCCACUGACCGCCAGACAUGUUAGAGUCACACCACAGACAUGGAAUACUGCUAUAUGUAUGAGAAUAGAACUGUAUGGAUGUGACUAUGCUACCAGACCAGUGAUAUCAGGUCUGACCAAUCAAAACCUCAGAGCAGCAUCCAAUAGCUAUGUAGAUCUGGUGUGUAUUGUACGAGAACCAUUAAUACAGUACAUUAAAUGGUACACUGGUAAUACUGACAUCACCAGUCAAUCUACUGGUCUGGUGCGUGGUGCUAAUGGAGUCAAGCAGUCUACAUUGAGAGUGAACUACAYUUCUGUGGAUGACGUAUUAAACAACUAUGAGUGUAUCAGAUCAAAAAAAAUGUUGUGCUUCAAGGCCUUCGUUUGCAAAGCAAUGUAUGAAGACGAUAAUAAUUAUCCAACAGCCAUACCAAAUGGAGCAGUUACAGGGAGAAUGACUAUAAAUGCUACGACUCAAAGCUCUUUAAAAGCCAAUAUAGAUGGUUUUAAAAGUGCCGGAGUGACAGUAAGUAUAGAUUACCCAUCAACCCUAGCGGCACCAACAGUCCAGGAUAUCAAGGCAACAUCAGCAAGGAUAAGAUGGAACCCGCCUGGACUAAAAGCAUCCCAGACUAGAGUGACCAUCUAUGUAUUAAACUACGAGAACAGCAAACAGUCAAUAAAUAUACGCAUACCAGCUCCUGUAUCAACCCACGUGAUCACUGGUCUAGCUKUCUUUACUAAUUAUAGUGUUAGGAUAAAAGCUUUAAGUAGAAUUGGCCCUGGACAAUGGAGUAUGGCCAAUAAUUUUACAACGAACUCAACUUUACCUGUGGCGUCUCCAUUGUCAGUUACAGUUAACGUUCUGACGUCACAGACCAUGCGGGUUACCUGGAAGGCUCCCACAUCUCAAAUCUAUGGCCCUAUUCUAGGAUAUAAAGUAAUCGUUACACCAACAUCAUCUUCAUCAGAAGAAGCAUCAAGGAAUCUUACCACGAAGCUAACAACAUGUAUCAUUGGGAACCUGUUAAAGUGGACUGAGUAUAAUAUCAGUGUGUGUGUCUUCAAUGAUAAAGGGAGAGGUCCUGCUGUCUACGUCAUUGAACGUACUGCAGAAGAUGCGCCAAGUCAACCCCCACAGUACUUCAAUGUUACUGUUUUCAGUUCCACUAGUGUACAAUUAUCUUGGGGAUUACCACCAAUAGAUUAUCGGAAUGGCAUUAUAAGAGGAUUCGAAUUUUUUUAUAAAAAGAAUAGCCAGAAUGAAAAUGCAACAGUCACGAACCUUCCUGGUAAUGGUACCCUACGACACGUCCUUGGCGGGCUGGAGAAAUAUACGAGAUACACAUUUAAAGUAUUAGCUUAUACCAACAAGAAAGGUCCAUAUUCAAAGAGCAUUGACAUGACCACGCUUCAAGAUGAACCUUCGGCUCCUGCAAAUCUGCAGACACAAAUCAUUCCUCCAAGAGGUAUGACAGGACCACAGAUAAACAUCACAUGGGAUGAACCUGAAGCUCCUAACGGAAUCAUCCAGUCGUAUACUGUCUUUUGCAACAGCACCCGUGGUUCUUUUGUCAUUCAUUUGCAUAAUGAACAGACUGUUACUCUGCCUGUGAUCGGAGGACUGAUGUACUCGUGCCGUGUGAAAGCAAAGACUAUUAAAUUUGGAAAUGAAAGCACGACGAGGAUCAUUGUCCCUAUUUACGCACCUCCAACUGCACCUCAAAAUGUAACAUACUACGAGAUCAAUGCAACGACAUUCAUUGUAGAAUGGCAACCUCUAAACACUACAAACGGUCCUGUGACGAUGUAUGAACUGAUCAUACAAAACUCAAAGCAGAUAAAACAAAUAGCUUUGAGGUCCAAGGCAGCCUCCACUGAUCUGUAUGAAAAGAUGAAUGCUACAUGCUGCAGUGUAAUUCUGUAUGGUCGCUCUCCUUGCUCUGUGUAUGUUUUAUCUAUACGGGCCUAUUCACAUGCGGGUCCUGGGCCUGCCAGUAAAUCAAUCAACAUGAUUACAUCAGAACCAGGUCCUCCAACGAGACUUCAUGUAUCAAAUGUUGGAAAGAGAGAAGUUACUCUAAAAUGGAAUAAACCAGAUGCUGUUAUUGAACCAGUCAUUGAGUACAAAAUUUCUUUCAAUGGAACUAAUUUAUGGGAAAAGGACAUCGAAGUGAAUCGAGGUGAAGAAACCUCUACGAAGGAGACAGCCACCAUCUCUGGACUUAACCCAUCCACUCAUUAUCAGUUCCAAGUAUCCGCUGAGACGGACUGUGGAGCUGGAAAGAAGAGUAAGAUAACAACAGCAAAUACAAGUGUUGAUGCUCCACCUUCACCACUUGUUGAAUAUAUUACCAACAUCAAUGAAAGCAUAAGCAACAUUCCGUUAUGGGGAGCCUCUAAUGUAAAUGGUAUGAUAAGUGCAUACCAAGUAAUUGUACUUGAAAGGAUAGACGCUUCUGACAAGACUUUUGAUGCUGAAAAACUGACAAACUACUCCCAGGCGAAAGAAAAUAGACUGUCUUACUACAUAGCAGCACAAAUAGGUACAACCCAGCCUGGUCAAACCCUUCCAAGGAGCUUUACUCUUGGGGACGAAAAUAUUUAUAACACGUACAAAAACAUGAAACUUGCGUACGGAAAAAGUUACUACGUAUUUCAAAGAGCUAUGACACUUGACGAGGAAAAGGAAUACUUGGCGGGCCGAGCCAGUUUGAUAGGGAGAGGAAAAAUACCCGAACACGGAGGACCUUGUGCUGUGCAAAGGCCAUCGCAGAAAAUCGUAAAGAGCAAUGAUUCCAUGUACCUUUUUAUAAGCUUGGCAUUUAACGUCGCGUUUAUUGUUAUCUUUACAAUUUUCCUUUUUUACAUCAAGAGUAUAAAGAACCAGUUCAAAAACAAGGGGCUUGAAAAUAGUGAAGUAACCGCAUCGACUAGCAUGCAGGUUAUUUAUGAAAAUACAAACGCUGAAGGCGCAGAAGAAGGACUCGCUAUGACGUUUCUAUCUCAGGGACCAAGCUCGGAUUAUGAACAAAUUGAUCUUAUCAAUUCUGAGGUUGCUGUUCGCCCUGUAGCUAGUGCUUGUAAUAGCUUAUACCAGUCUAUCCAUUUUGAAGAAGAGAGUGAUACAGAACCUAACCUAAACCAAGAAAAACACACGGAAAAUCCUUUGUAUGACAGCAAAAAAAUGAAUAUAAAGAAGGGUCUUCAGAAACUUAGUGAUGAGCCUGUGACACGUGCUUGUGAAAGUCUGUAUCAGUCCAUUCACUUAGAUGGAAUGCGUCAAUCUCACUUUAACUUUGGACAAGAGAAACUGCAUCAGAAAGGCGAUGAAAUACCUUCGAUUUUGCAACCCACUGAACAUCAGGAUCUGCAGAAAGAACAACUCAGACAUGAAUAUCAAGGUCUUCAUGAAGAUUGUAAUGGAAAGAAUAAGCAAGCAACUGCAUACCAGCCAUUGCAGAAAGAGCAGCAGCAAUAUGAAUAUAUAAAUCAAAGUUAUAAGGAAAAUGAUAAAGCAGCUGCCAAACAUCUGGCUGCAUAUCAGAACCCCAAGAAAACUCAAGACAGACCUGUGUAUCAAAGCCUACAUGAGGAUUUUAAGCAAACCCCGACAAAAUUACCUGUCUAUCAGUCCUUGGCAAAAGGGCAAGCUGAAUACGUAAACCAAAUUGCAAAGGGAGAAAAGUCCAUUUCGCAGCCUGCUAACUAUCAGGCCUUACAGCAUGGGUACGGCCAAACCAAACCCAAUUACCAAAGCCUUCAAGAGGAUAGCAAAGAAUCUACAGUAGAAGUUACCAAUUAUCAGGCUCUUGCAAAACCUGUAUACCAAAGCCUUCACACCUAUGGAAACGCAGAACCCAAACAGACUCGUAAAAGGACUGAUUGUAUCAACGGCAUUAAUCAGUAAAAAAUAUAUAUCGGUUAUUACACGAUUUGUUUUGCGACUGGAUAGCUUUCAUAAGCAUGGUUUUUGUUCAUUUUUUGAAGAUAAUAUUUUUAUAUUGUUUCGAAGCAUAACAAACGACAGUAAAUUAACAUUCGUCACAUUUAUUCCCUCUCAUCCAAUCAAAAUCGAAUAAGACCUUGAUACAGCGUGAACUCACUAAAUUGUGCCAAUUAACCACAGCGCGAGUAAGAGCAGCGACUGUGUAUGAGUCUGUUGCCACUGUCAUGCAGGCAAGAGUUCCAUAAGAAAACGACCUUUGUUUUUGUUUUCUAUUAUUAUGACGCACCAUGAAGGGAAUGCAAAGAGAUAAAGAUUCCUGACUAAUGACCAUACUAUGAUGGAGGCGUACAAAUGUACUGUUAAAGGACCAAUUAUUUACUUUGUCAUAAGUACCAUUUUCUUAUCCCUACAUGUACUGGGUAAGUUUUCGUAAGUUAUAUUUGAAACUAGAAUGGGUACUAUUAUCAGUAAUUAUAAAUUUUGUAAUGUCGUUUAUGUGAUCAUCGACAUUUUGAAAUUAUAACAUUAAAUUCCUUAGGCAAGGAUUAAAGUAUAACGUUAGAUGAAACAUAUAUUUACCAUGCCUAUAGCACAAUAAAUUACACCUCGUUGAAUGAA